AGGAAGCAAUAAUCCAGGAGAGAGAUUUGCAGGUGUUGAUUGACAAGAAGUUCAACAUGAGCCGGCAGAGAAGAAAGGAGAGUUUAAGUAUCGCUUUAGGAGACAUGGCUUUGCUCUGGAUUCUUUUAUACAGAAAGAAGACGUGUUUGCUGGCUCAGAGGGAAAAGAAAAAUUGUUAAAGCAGUGUGGAUAUGACUUGAAUUUUUCAUCAGGCUCUCAACACCAUUACUAGGGGUGAAGAAUGAUCUCCUUCCAGCUAGUUUUCCAGUAAUUUCACAGAUGAAUUAAGGUUGGAAGAUGCUUCAGGAUGGAUAAAGCUGUUCAGCAUCCCAGUGAAAUCUUGAAUCAAACUGUCUCUAACAUUAGCCUUUCUCAGUUCUUGAACUUUGAUACAUGCCAACUUUCCUCCCUUGCAGAAUUCUUGCUUAUUACAGCUUACACAUUGGUUACACUAGUGGGGCUCGUUGGAAACCUUUGCUUAAUUAUUAUAAUAAAGAGACGGAAAGAAGCUCAAAAUGUCACCAACAUUUUGAUUGCCAACCUCUCUUUAUCAGAUGUCUUGAUCUGUAUCAUGUGCAUUCCUGUCACAGUUGCAUAUACCUUAAUGGACCACUGGAUAUUUGGGGAAGCAAUGUGUAAAAUAGGCUCUUUCAUACAAAGCCUAUCUGUCUCAGUCUCCAUUUUCUCACUUGUACUCAUUGCUGUCGAGAGAUAUCAGUUAAUUGUGAACCCACGUGGCUGGAAGCCUAAUAUUUCACAUGCUUAUUGGGGAAUUCUUUUUGUCUGGGGGCUUUCCCUCAUCAUAUCCACUCCUUUUUUAGUAUUCCACCAAAUAACAGACGAACCCUUCAAACAUUUAUCUUUCUACAGUGAUUUCUACAAGAACAAGGUUGCUUGCAUCGAAGCAUGGCCGUCUCUUACAGAGAGACUGAUUUUCACCACUAGCCUCCUGGUUUUCCAGUACUGCUUCCCACUGGGGUUUAUUUUUAUCUGCUAUCUCAGGAUUUUUGUAUGUCUUCGACGGAGACGAGGUAAAAUAGACAGGAUGAGAGAGAAUGAGAACAGGCUGAGUGCAAACAAAAGGAUCAGUAUGAUGCUGGUAUCAAUCGUUGUGACCUUUGCAGCUUGCUGGCUGCCUCUCAAUAUAUUCAAUGUGGUUUUUGACUGGAACUACGAGGCACUAAUGAGCUGUAAUCAUAACCUGGCAUUUACAAUCUGCCACCUUGUGGCCAUGAUCUCAACAUGUAUCAAUCCCAUCUUUUAUGGAUUUCUGAACAGCAACUUCCAGAAGGAUUUGGUAGUGUUAGCUCACCACUGCAGAUGCUCAGCAUCACAAGAGGAAUAUGAAAAUAUUGCCCUUUCAAACCUGCAAACGGAUGCAUCUAAGGGGUCUCUGAAGUUAAAUAAUCCCCAUGUGGAUAUAUAA